AUGGUGACCAAGGCACCAGUGUUGACAUACUUUGACACAAACAAACCGAUUGUAAUGACAGUGGAUAGUAGCUCAAAAGGAAUGGGUGCAGCAAUCAUACAGGACGAAACUGUGCUCACACUCCAAAAGUAUGACCUGGAGGUGACCUAUAAACCAGGCAAAUUGUUAUAUGUAGCUGACACACUGUCAAGGGCAUUCCUAGAGGAAACAGAGGAAACUUUAGUAGAGGAUCUUGCUGUCAAUGAACUCUAUUUGUUGGCAUAUUUAACGGUCUCAUCAGAAAAGUACAAAACUAUCAAAGAAGGUACAGAGAAUGACCUAGAGAUGUCAAGGCUGAGACAACAAAUAAUGACUGGUUGGCCGGAAACCAAACAGGAAGUUGAUCAACAAAUUCAGACAUACUGGAAUUAUCGCGACGAAAUUACCUGCAUUGAUGGAUUGAUGUUCAAAGUACACAAACUGAUCAUUCCAAAGUCUCUGCGACCAGAAAUGCUUGACCGGAUACAUGAGGCGCAUCUUAGUAUGGUCAAAUGUAAGGCACGCGCGAGGGAAGUACUAUUUUGGCCAGGAAUGAGUACUGAUAUAGAAGAGAAGGUUGCCACAUGCAACAUUUGUGCUAGACACACAAACAGCAACGCAAAGGAACCACUUAUACCCCACGACAUACCAAACCGACCAUGGGCUAAAGUGGCAAUGGAUCUAUUUGAACUUAAGGGGCAACAUUACCUGCUUAGCGUAGACUAUUUUUCAAAGUGGCCUGAAAUCUCAAAAUUACAAGGACUGACAAGAAGCUCUGUCAUUAACCAUGUAAAGAGCCAGUUUUCCAACUAUGGAAUUCCAGACCAAGUCAUAAGUGACAACGGACCACAGUUUGCGAGUCGGGAAUUUACCAAAUUCUCAAAAGACUACGGUUUUCAACUCACUACCACGAGUCCACAUUACCCCUCAUCAAAUGGCCAAGCGGAAAGAAUGGUACAGACAGUAAAGGGACUACUGAAGAAGGCAAAUGACCCAUACCUAGCAAUACUCGAUUAUCGAAACUCACCGAUCGAUGGAAUUGACCUUUCACCUGCACAAAUAUUCAUGGGAAGGCGACUUAAGACCACCCUACCAACAGCAACCCCAUUGUUGAAACCAUGA